UGCCUUUACUGUCACAGUGCUACACUCGGCUUCAGUCAGCUGACUUAACCAAAUGAAUCGAGCUGCUGUUACUGCAAAAGGAAACAUCAAAUUCGUUCGUACUCAGCCGCCACCAUGAGGAAGAACAAAUGCAAAGCGAACACCGCUGCAGAGAAGGAGUUUGUGUUUGAGUUCAAGGCAGGGAAACACAACUGUGUCCUCAAAGUGCCUCUGCGGUUUCCCGUCCAAGAGAACAUCAGUGACCUUCAUGGACGCCUGAUGCUGCUACAUAAAAUACCCUGCUACAUUGAAAAUGAGCUAAAAACCUUGCUUUCCAACUUCAUCGAGAAGGAGACCAUCCUGGAUUAUGACAGGGAGGCAGAGCUGGCGCUGCAAAGACUCACAACAGGAGAAGUAGACGUAAACCAGCUCACCAACACGUGGGCCAGGUCUUAUGCAGAGACUACCCUGGAACAUGCUCGGCCCGAAGAGCCCAGCUGGGAUGAAGACUUUGCCGAAGUUUACCAUGAGCUGAUCCACUCCCCUGCCUCAGAUACUCUUCUCAAUCUGGAGCACAACUACUUUGUUAGCAUCUCCGAGCUCAUCAGUGAGAGAGACAUGGAGAUUAAGAAGCUGCAGGAGAGGCAGGCUGCUGAAAUGGACAAAGUGAUGCAUGAGCUUGGGAAUACUCUGAGUGACCAGGAUGUAAAUGCAGUUGCCUCACAACACUUUGAUGCACAGCAGGUGUUGGAGAACAAGUGGGCCAGUGAGCUGAAGCAAGUUACUGGCAUUCAAAAGCAGGAGUAUCAGGAGUGGGUCGUCAAACUGCACCAGGACCUGCAGAAAUCCACCAACAGCAGCAAAAUUAAUGAGGAGAUUAAGGUGCAGCCCAGCCAGCUGUCAGAGCUCACAGAUUCUGGAGCCAGGAUGUUUGAGGAGCAGCCUCAGCUGGAGGAGAGCUUCACCAUCCACUUAGGAGCACAGCUAAAGACGAUGCACAACCUGCGGCUGGUCCGGGCAGACGUGCUGGACUUUUGUAAGCACCGGCGGCACGGCAGCAGUGGAGCCAAGCUCAGGCGGCUACAGACGGCCCUUUCACUCUACUCCUCCUCACUCUGUGGUUUGGUUUUAUUGGUCGACAACAGGGUCAACUCCUACAGUGGCAUCAAGAGAGACUUUGCCACUGUGGCCAAGGAGUGUACAGAUUUCCACUUUCCCUGCCUGGAGGAGCAGCUGCAGGAGGUGCAGCAGGUGGUGCUCUGUGCCAGAGCACAGAGGAGCAGCAAGCAGAAAGAACAACCUGAGAUUCCAAGGAAUGGAGGUGACGAUAAGAGCAAAAAUGUUGAAAGAAACCCAUCUAACAUCUUACCAGGUGAGUUUUACAUCUCGCGGCACUCCAACCUGUCAGAGGUCCAUGUUGUAUUCCACCUAUGCGUGGAUGACAAUGUGCGUUCAGGGAACAUCACGGCCCGGGACCCCGCCAUCAUGGGCUUGAGAAACAUCCUGAAGGUCUGCUGUACACAUGACGUCACCACCGUCACCGUACCUCUUCUGCUCGUCCACGACAUGUCAGAGGAGAUGACCAUACCGUGGUGUCUGAAGAGAGCCGAGCUGGUUUUCAAAUGUGUCAAAGGCUUCAUGAUGGAGAUGGCCUCAUGGGAUGGAGGUAUAUCACGCACAGUCCAGUUUCUUGUGCCAAAGAGCAUCUCAGAGGAGAUGUUUUACCAGUUGAGCAACAUGCUGCCUCAGAUCUUCCGUGUCUCCUCCACCCUAACUCUCACCUCAAAGCACUGAUGAUUUGAGCCGCACCACAUUGCACUCUCAAGGCAUUCGGACUGAAAGACACACAUUUGUUUUUACAGCUGUGACAUGCUCUAUUUUCUUUAUUUCUUUUUUUUCUAUUUGUUCUUUCAGGACCUGUAGAGAGUGUAAUUUUGAUGAGUUAACACACAAACCCUAUUCAUUUCAUCAGGGUCAACAUAAUAUGAUGAUACUUACAAAUGAGGUGCAAAGGUAUUUUAAAUGAAAAGAGACAUUUUUAUUCAUUUUGUAAGCCUUGUUUUUUUUUGUUUUUUUUUUGCACCUUCCAAAGCACCUCAUGCUGUAAAUGCUUCUUGCUGGAAGAGGACUGGAUUCAGUGGCUCACCAGAGCAGCUGCUGAAAUGAUCUUUUCAGGCCUCCAGGGUGCGGCUCUGGUGGCAGAGUUUUAUGACAUCAGCCACCAGUGCUGCGAAUAUUCCAGUUCCAGAAGAAUCUUGUGUUGGUGAAGUUGCUUUAACCCGCUGGUACGGAGUGAAAAUGCCUUCAGUCCGAGCAUGUAAAGUGAAUGUGAAAACACGGCAUUGUUUACUGAGGUGAUGAAGAUGGGUGGAACCUGCACUGGCAGUUGUGAUUCAACAAGCCUUUUUAACAUUUCUCAAUUGCAGUUAGCAGCCACGAUAAAUGUGAAUGUUGUAGUGUUUUCACUGCAUACAUAAUAACAGCAUGUUGAUGACAAAACAACAUGAGAGAUCUCAGUGUUAAAUUUUUGUUUUGAUGUAUAGUACAGAGAUCCCUGCCAACAUCACGUUUCGUCUGCUGAAUGUUCUCAAAUUAGUGCUGGUGUGUAAUCGCACCGUUCAGCCGUCAUAUGAGAUUUAGCAUUCUGUAACAAAGUGUCAUUGGCUUUAUAUCUGAGGGCUAUUUGUCCAGAGAAAAGUGACAUAAACUUGAUUUCUAUAGUCCUGAAGAUAAAUGGAGUUGCUGCUGAGGUGAACAACAUGCAGAUGUUUUUAUGCUGCAUUGCAGUGAGUUGUAGUGGGGAUCGCUCUUCAUCUGAGUAUGUGCGAGCCUGUGUGUGGUCCCUCCCCUCUACCUCUGUAACACCAGAUGGCACUGUUCUUAAAGACAAAGAUGUAAAAAGGAAAUGACCACGCACAACUCUGCUCUUAUUAAAAGAGAUAAAGUUUAAAUGAGCGUCUGCUGCUCGUUGAAAUCUGUCUUGAACUUCUCGCCCACAUGCAUCGUGAGCGAGGGGGAGCUGCUCCUCGGGAGUAAAUAUUUGACAGAUAUGUUAUAUGAUCUGUAUGCUACUUAUAUAUGUUUACAUUUUUAUGUUAUAAUUAAAAAAUAACACAUGUA